GACAGCAAGAGGACGAUCUGGGUUCCUCCAGUGCUGGGGCAGUGGCUUGGGAGUGGUGACAGGCAAGAGUCAGGUGCGGGUGCAGUUGCCCCUCCCUCACUCACUGCCCGCUGAGAGGCUGGCUGACUGCCUUGCUUGCCAUCCGUCACCUUCCCUCUUCUUCCCCCUCCACCACACAUCCAACACUUCCACUCCUCCAACAGUCACGUUCUGCUGUCCUGUCUUGCAUCACGCCCACGUCUCGUCCCUUCGAGCAACGCUUUAGUAAUCCUGUUACUGGAUCACAACAUCAUUCUUGCGACGACGCAGAAGACGAUAAAUACCCCUCGUCUCCUUCGCGCAACCGAGAAAGAACUUCUUCUUUAGAUACCCCCAACCGCAAAUACCAUCACCAUGGCCCUCAAGCGCAUUAACAAGGAACUCACUGAUCUCGGCCGCGACCCGCCCUCCUCAUGCUCUGCCGGUCCCGUCGGCGAGGAUUUGUUCCACUGGCAGGCGACGAUUAUGGGACCUGGUGACUCUCCUUACUCUGGCGGUGUCUUCUUCCUCGCCAUUCACUUCCCUACCGACUACCCCUUUAAGCCUCCUAAGGUCAACUUCACCACCCGCAUCUACCACCCUAACAUCAACUCCAACGGCAGCAUUUGCCUCGACAUCCUGCGAGACCAGUGGAGCCCUGCGCUCACCAUCUCCAAAGUGUUGCUGUCUAUCUGUUCGAUGCUGACGGAUCCCAACCCCGACGACCCUCUCGUCCCUGAAAUCGCCCACGUCUACAAGACUGACCGUGCCCGGUACGAAGCCACUGCCCGCGAGUGGACUCGAAAGUACGCCAUCUAGGCUUCGGCUUGGAGACGUUCUUUGGCGUGAGAUUGGGGAUUGCUGUAGAAGGCGAUGUGGCGGGUACUUAGGCUACCUCUCAUCGACGACUUUGGAGUCCUGGGCAAGACAGCCACCCUGCCUUGCGGACUGGACAGUUGCGGUGCUUAUGCGCACGUAGGCACUUCGUCCAGCUUGAGAGAGGCAAGUCGAGCAUCAGGCACUGCGGAGAAGAGAGCGAGUUUUACGAAUGAGAGACGCUGGAGUUAGAGAGGUCCAUUGGGCACACCAGAUAGCUGCUUCGGCUUAUGACAACGGCAUUGCAUUCCCAGACUGCGAAUUUGACAAGAUCCGGUUGAUUCGUAACUGACAUGCAGUGAAGUUCAUUGGGCGCUACAAACGUCGGGUAAUAUUGACGAGAGCGUUCUAGGUG